UGCUAAUGCAAAAUUGGUUCGGUGUAUAAAUACGGCCGAGAGAUCUCGAUUUCCCUCCUCCAUCCCUGUCUGGACUCUGGAGGAACGUUCGCCGAGGGGAGGAGCAAAAUUUGGAAGCGAGGCUCGCGCUGCAACCAGUUAGCACACACCAGAAUUAGCUUGUAUUCAUGGGCACAAUGGUAGAUUCUAGCAAGGAUGCUACUGUGAGUUUCCCAGGCGACAAGAAGAUCACAGUCGUUUUUGUGCUCGGGGGACCUGGCAGUGGAAAAGGCACACAGUGUGCAAAGAUUGUUGAAAACUAUGGGUUCACCCAUCUCAGUGCUGGAGAUCUUCUCCGUGCAGAAAUCAAAUCUGGCUCUGAAAAUGGUACCAUGAUAUCAAACAUGAUAAAGGAAGGGAAAAUUGUCCCUGCUGAGGUUACUAUUGAUCUUCUGAAGAAGGCUAUGAUUGAGUGUGGAAAUGACAGAUUUCUUAUUGAUGGCUUUCCUAGAAAUGAAGAGAACCGAGCUGCUUUUGAAAAUGGGACAAAGAUUGAGCCAGAGUUCAUACUAUUUUUUGAUUGUCCAGAGGAAGAGAUGGAACAUAGACUUCUAAGCCGCAACCAGGGGAGAGUUGAUGAUAACAUUGAGACCAUAAGAAAGCGCUUCAGAGUUUUCGUUGAAUCCAGUCUACCAGUAAUUGAACACUAUAACCUGAAGGGCAGGGUUAGAAGGGUAAAUGCCGCGAAACCCAUUGAGGAGGUCUUUGAAGAUGUGAAGGCCAUUUUUGCUCCGUUCCACACCAAAGUUUGAGUAGACAUGCUUCUAUGUUAAUCAACUCUAUCUAAAGAUUACAGGUUGCUCUGGAGCAGGUUCCGAUGAUUUAUUGGUCCAUUUCAGAGUUAUAUAAACGAGCCGUUCAUUUGUUCGCAACAUGUAUUGUUCUAUUUGCAAUUAUACCCAUAGUCAAAAGUCGACUUACAGCUUUAUGUUAUUGCUAUUGAAUUUGGCAUAAAGAUCAUGUUAUUUCUUCGUUAAUCCAGUAUGCGUUUGCAAGUUAUGCAUUCUUUGUAACAAAUCAUAAACACAAUCUUCUUAUAGUCACUAUCAUGGUUUGAUUGA